CGUAAAUACCUUGCUAAGCAUCAAUCCUAGCGCUCAACACCCUGAAAAAGCUCUAUGACUCAUGAUGUUUAUACUGAUAACAACGUGUCUGUCCUUUUAUCAGUCGCAGUACGGAGUAUGUAUCUUAGCAUGAUAAUUAUCGCACCUUUAGAUUGCCCACAUCUUCAAUGGCGCAUCAAGCAUACAGCAUCCCAUGGCAAACGCUUGUCGACAACUUAAAAUACAAGCAUUGCAACCCACGCGAUGCUGGAGUCACGAACCUCAACCUCCGCAAAGGAAACCCAUCAUCACAAGGAAAGCAGUUUCAGUACUUCACCCGCGGGUUCGCCCGCGCGCUUUCUAAGUACUCCACCAUCGAGCGCAAGAAAUACAACCCUCAACCUCAAGCCCCGCAACUUGACGAACCUAUCAUCUCAGACACCGCUGUGAAACGCAUGGCCCGGACGAUUCUCCGGUACAAAAGCGACCCAGCAAUCUCGAGUGCCUUGGGAGUUGACCUCAACACCGUCCUUCCGCCUCAUGAACGCGACGUCAGGUGGUUCAUUCAAGGCUCUGGACUCUAUGAGGGCGACAUGAACUUGGUCAUAAGCGAAUGCUGCGAACUGACAAAGGCAAUGCUGAUGUAUGGGGAGAUGGACGCCUUGUUUCGCAUAUGCAAGCAUCCAGAUGUUUAUUUACAGAAGUACUGGGACGAUCGCUGGUAUGCUAACUCCUACGGCUACGGACUGCGCAGGCUUGUGGAUGCCGCACUGCGAGCGUACAUUUUCUUCAACGUCAUCUUCCUCAUGCCCGAGCUGUACGAUUCUCCGACUCGUGAAGCGUUCAUUGAAAAGGAAGUCAAGGCAGGUCGGACGAAGUUAAGGAAGGCGGACUUCGAUUACCGGCUCACGGCAGCAUACCAGCAUGUGGUACUCUGGAACACAGGCGUUCCGUUUGGACUACCACGUCAUGAUGUACACACUCAUCCACAUCGUGAGUUCUUUGGCAUACCGCGUGGAAUGUUUGUGUUUGAGUGGGGCGACUGCUCAGAAAAGCAUUGGAAGAAAGAGCGCAUCGGAACGAAGCGUCUUGAGAAUCUAACAAAAAAGGAGUUCAAUAAUGUUUACGUAGCAUCCAACGCAGACAUUGCGGUCGUUGAUGGCUUGCUCAGAAGGAAGGGAUUGCCCACUGAACUCAUUCUGCAGGUGUUGGAAGCGGCGGAAUACGUGCCGGUCGGACGGACACAUAUUCGUGAUGAUCCUUUACAUAAGGUAAAUGCAAAAGAGUUGAAGAAAUAUUUGAACUACUGUUGGCUGCUGCUUAUCAGGUUCGAUAUGAUCUGCAAGGAGAGUGGUAGUUGGUUAGACUGGGAGACUCUAGUGACAGAGGCGCUCUAUACACUAUUCAACCUGAGUGGUCUACGCAGUAAAUUGAAGGAGGUUCCGCCGAACGACGAAGAUUUUCGUCAUCGAAAUAGUAAACGUGUAUUUAUAAUAUAG